CAAGACCAGGAACUGGAAGUUGAAUUGAAUAGAAGAUAAUAAAGGAAAGCAAAGCAAAAGAUGAUGAACAUGAGCAUGAGCACCACGGCCACAGAAGUGCCUCCGUUGUCAGUGCUUCGACGCUCAGUCCCCAAGGCCACCAUAAAAGCGGUGAGAUGCUCCAUUGGCAACCACCCCUCCACCGUCCGCAUCUCCGGCCUCGACACCGGAGGCUCCGGCCCCGUCGACACGGUGGUGGUGGGAGGUGGCAUUAGCGGACUGUGCAUCGCUCAGGCCCUGGCCACCAAGCACGCGCACGCGGCCCCUAACGUCAUCGUGACGGAGGCUAGAGAUCGAGUGGGAGGCAACAUCACGACGGUCCAAGGGGACGGGUAUCUUUGGGAAGAGGGUCCCAAUAGCUUCCAGCCGUCCGAUGCGAUGCUCAGCAUGAUAGUUGAUAGUGGUUUAAAGGAUGAUCUAGUUCUGGGAGAUCCUAAUGCACCUCGUUUUGUGCUGUGGGGUGGAAGGCUGAGGCCUGUUCCCUCUAAACCUGGCGACCUUCCAUUCUUCGAUUUGAUGAGCUUCGGCGGAAAACUCAGGGCUGGCUUUGGCGCCCUCGGUCUUCGUCCUCCUCCUCCAGGUCACGAGGAAUCCGUUGAAGAGUUUGUCCGCCGUAAUCUGGGCAACGAGGUUUUUGAACGCUUGAUUGAGCCUUUUUGCUCAGGUGUUUAUGCGGGUGAUCCUUCGAAAUUAAGUAUGAAAGCAGCGUUUGGAAAGGUUUGGAACCUAGAGCAAAAUGGAGGUAGUAUUAUUGGUGGCACUUUUAAAGCAAUCCAGGAGAGAAAUCGAGCUCCCAAACCACCUCGAGAUCCGCGUCUACCAAAACCGAAGGGCCAAACAGUUGGAUCUUUUAGGAAGGGACUUACUAUGUUGCCAGAUGCAAUUUCUGCGAGGUUGGGUAGCAAAGUGAAAGUAUCUUGGAAGCUUUCUAGUAUUAGUAAGUUGGAUAGUGGAGAGUAUAAUCUGACAUAUGAAACACCAGAAGGCUUGGUUUCUCUACUGAGUAAAAGUGUUGUCAUGACUGUUCCUUCUCAUGCUGCGAGUACUUUAUUGCGCCCUCUAUCUACUGCAGCUGCAGAUUCACUAUCAAAAUUUUACUACCCACCUGUUGCUGCAGUGUCUAUUUCAUAUCCAAAAGAUGCGAUUAGGUCAGAAUGUUUGAUAGAUGGGGAACUCAAGGGUUUUGGCCAACUGCAUCCACGCAGUCAGGGAGUGGAAACUUUAGGAACUAUAUACAGCUCAUCACUUUUUCCUAAUCGAGCACCUAGUGGAAGGGUACUGCUUUUAAAUUACAUUGGAGGGGCCACCAAUCCUGGGAUUUUGUCCAAGUCAAAGGAUGAACUCAUUGAAGCUGUGGAUCGAGAUUUGAGAAAAAUUCUCAUUAAGCCUAACGCGAAAGAACCAUAUGCACUGGGUGUGAGAGUGUGGCCACAAGCGAUUCCACAAUUCUUGAUUGGUCAUCUUGAUGUCCUUGAUGCUGCAAAAGCUGCUCUCAGCGAUACUGGGUUGAAAGGUCUAUUUUUGGGCGGCAACUAUGUAUCAGGUGUAGCCUUGGGUCGAUGUGUUGAGGGUGCUUAUGAAAUUGCUGCCGAGGUGGCUGAUUUUCUAUUACAGUAUGCACGUAAAUAGUAUCAGAUAAAGUUAUUCCUUGUUUUAGGUAUUAUGUUGUUCAGGAUGUUAUUUGUUAUUAUUCGGGCUAUGUUGUGAAUAAUUGUUCUAGUUCCAAUUGAAACUUGUCACUUUAUGAUUAAUGCCUCCCCUGGAAAACAAGAAGGCAGAUUAGUUUAGAUCGGGUAUGUAUACCCUAAAUGCUGAAAUUGAGCAUCCAUUGUUAGCGUUUGCACGAUGAGACAUAAGUUGAUAAUGACUUAAUGAGCUGCUUUGUUUUGUUUA